UUUUCCAAAGUAAGGAAGGGGGUGACAGGCCCCUCAGGCCCCUCCCCUAGAUCCGCACUGUUACCAUUUCUAUCAUUGAGAGCUAACUGUAAACAGGCGAACAGGAACGUGUUUAAGUGAGUGAAAUUCAGGCUAACCAAAGAGAUUAAUUCAGCCUAGCCGCAGUGAUAUUCAGGCUGAACAACCCUCUAUGGUUAGCCCUUGAUAAUUAUAAUGGAAAUAACUUGAUAAAUACUUCAAACUCUGUAGUCUGCAGUCUGCAGUCUGCAUUUUACCCCUGGUCUACAGUCUACCUUUUACCUUCAGUCUGCAUUUUACCCUCAGUCUGCAGGCUACAGUCUGCAGUUCCACAGUCUAUAUUUUCCACUGACCAAUUACCAGAUUUACUCUGGUUUGAAUAGAAAAAGCUUUCACCUAUGAAGAACUGUUUAAAGAUAACAUUUACAUACCUGACUACUGAGGCCAUAUUAGGGGUUUUUGGGAUUCAGGAUUUUAGGUAAAAGUAAUGAGAUACAGGAUAAUUGUGGGAAUAUUAAAUGGAAUAUUUAGAACAGAUUUUCCAGGACAUCUUGUUUUUGAAGUUGAAAUUUACAGAGUACGGGAUAUUUACCGCAAAAAUGAAUUGAAUGUUGGACAUUACUUUACUUCUCCAAGUGGCCCUAAAUGACACCUUUUUUAACACUGCACUAAAUUCGAUAACUGCUGAGUUCGGCCUGACAGGCAUAUCUAGAAAUGAGAAGGUUGAAAAGACUUCCACUUUCACGGCAAAUAGAAUGGAGGGAAACAGUACUCUGGGACCGACUCAGAGACUGGGCACAAGAGUUCUUCAAUCAGCGCCCACGAAUGGUCAGCGAUCACGUCCAAAUACAAAAUGGCGGCUAAAAUUCGCGGAGUUCUUGUUGAUCUUAGCGGCACAAUUCACGUUGAAAAUACGGUAAUUCCUGGUUCUAUCGAAGCUCUUAAAAGACUUCGUGAAACAGGAGUUUCUGUGCGAUUUGUGACUAACACCACAAAAGAGUCAAAAGAGACGUUACUGAGGCGUUUAACUGGCAUAGGAUUCGAUAUAAAAGCAGAAGAAGUAUUCACCUCGCUUACUGCGGCUCGUCGAUUAGUUGAUCAGAGAAAGUUACGUCCAAUGUUGUUGUUGCAGCAAGAUGCGCUCGAGGACUUCAAAGGUGUUGAUGUCAACGAUCCUAACGCGGUUGUUGUAGGACUUGCUCCCGAUUGCUUUAAUUAUGAAUUACUCAACAAAGCCUUCAGACUUUUGCUUGAAGGUUGUCCUCUAAUUGCAAUUCACAAAGUACGUUACUACAAAAGAGGAGAUGGACUGGCACUAGGCCCAGGUCCCUUUGUAACUGCUCUUGAAUUUGCAUCAGAUGUCAAAGCUGAAGUUGUUGGCAAGCCACAGCCCUCAUUUUUCCAGCAGGCACUGAAAGAGAUAGGAUGUGAUCCACAAUCUGCAGUUAUGAUCGGGGAUGAUGCAAGGGAUGACAUUGGAGGAGCAGAGGCCACAGGGAUCAAAGGAUUUCUUGUCCAAACAGGUAAAUACCGCGAUGGGGAUGAACAUCGCCUUGAGAGAGCCCCAUUUGCUGUCUGUAAAGAUUUCUCAGCUGCUGUUGAUCAGAUACUCACAAUGCUAUGACGACACCACAGGAGAGUGUGGUCACUGUCAUUCAUCUCGAGUUCAUUUCCACCUAAGAUCGAUCAGGGUUCCAGAUAAGUUUUCAAGGUAUGGUGCCAAUCAAGAAUUCCAACGGGUCAAUUUCCAAUGCUCCCACCAAAUCAUCAUAAAUUUUCUAUUAAUUUGCUGGGUCAUGUCGCUGACCUUGUCGGGUUUUUGACCUGAGACCCCUUGCUUAUCUGGAACACUGAUCGAUACUCAAGAGAUACAAGUGUUGUUCAAUGCAAGAUCUGGUAGAGAUGGCUAGUUUUCCAAAGAUGCUUGUUUACAGACCUCAACAAUUGACUUCAAAACGUAUAAUGUAGCUGUCUUGGUGAUGACAAUAAUAAGUUUAGAUAUCUGCCAGUUGUUUCAUACGCAGGAAGCAUAAACAUAAGCAGCAAUUAACUAGAGCAGAAACUAAUUAACUAGAGCAUCAAACUACUAUUUUAAUAAAUUACAAUACAGUAUUUACUGGAUUGUGGGAGGUGCGGUGGCCUCAUGAUUAGUGUGUUUGACUGCGGAUCAAGUGCUCUGGGUUCAAACCCUGGCCAGGGACAUUGUGUUGUGUUCUUAGGCAAGACACUUUACCCUCACAGUGCCUCUCUCCA